AUCAACAACUAAAAAUAUUUCGAAUGUAUGUCAUACACCAUCAACAACAUCAUCAAUAUCAUCUUUUGAUGAUCCACCACCUGUUAAACCUCGUCUUUCUCUUCGACCACAACUACCACCACCACCACCUCCACCAUCAUUACCAUUAUUCGUUCCAACAUUUCCUUCAUCAAUACCACCAUUGAGAGGUCCAACACGACCAGCACCAAAGCCGCCAAUACAAACGAAGAUUGAACCACAACAGGCAAGUAUAUCAUAUCGUACAAUAAAUAAUCCAUUUGAUAAAAAUUCAAGUCAUGAUGAAACAAUAUCAACACGUGAUAGUUGUGAUACUGAAUCAUCAUCAACAAGAACAGAUUUUUUCGAUAUAGAACUACAAAAUUUACAUAAUCAAUUAUUAAUUGAUGAUCAAGUUGAUAAAACUGAUAUAAAUAUUAUACAACGUCGUCGACAACAUGUGAUUAGUGAAUUAUUAUCAACUGAACGAGAUUAUGUUCGUGAUCUUGAUUUACUUAUCGAAACAUUUCUUAAUUCAAAUUCAAUAACAUGUCCAGAGAGUAUUAAUAAAAAACUUCUAUUUGGUAAUAUACGUGAUAUAAAUGAUAUAUCAUAUCGUCUUCUUAAUCAACUUGAAUUUGAAUAUACAAAAAAUCAACAAAAUGAUGAUACACAUUGUUGUAUAGGACAAAUUUUUAAUAAUUUAAUAGAUCAAUUAAAAAAUAUCUAUGCUGAAUAUUGUCGAAAUCAUGAAUGGGUACAUAUUUAUUUACGUAAGCAUGGAAAUGAUGAAAAACUUCAAAAAUAUCUUCAAGAUGGUCUUUGUAGAAUUCGUCUUCAAAAAUCAAAUCUUUUUGAUAUUUCAGCUCUUCUAUUACGUCCAAUUCAACGUAUUGUUCGAUAUCCACUUAUAUUAAAUGAAUUGUUUAAAAAUACUAAUAGUGAUCAUAUCGAUUAUAUACAUCUAAAAGACGCCAUUUCAAAUUUGAUAUCUAUGGUUGAUUUUAUUAAUGAAUAUAAACGACGAAAAGAAAUCGGUAUGUGUGUGUGUGUUCAAGCACAUUUAUAUUGUGUUUAUUUUGAGCAGUAA